CAGAGCGGCGGCGGCGAUGUCCGAGCCGGAGCACCUGGGCGGCAAGCGGGCCGAGUCGGCACGGCUGCGGCGGGCCGAGCAGCUGCGGCGCUGGAAGGGCUCCCUGACCGAGCAGGAGCCGGUGGCGGCGGGGGGCGGCCGCAGCCGGCACCGCGGCGCGGGGGGAUCCCGCGUCCGCUUCGAGGAGGGCGCCGUGUUCCUGGCCGCCUGCUCCAGCGGCGACACCGAGGAGGUGAAGCGGCUGCUGGGCCGCGGCGCCCGCAUCAACACCACCAACGUGGACGGGCUGACAGCCCUGCACCAGGCCUGUAUUGAUGAGAACCUAGACAUGGUGAAGUUCCUGGUAGAAAAUGGAGCCAAUGUGAACCAGCAAGACAACGAGGGCUGGACCCCUCUUCAUGCAGUGGCAUCGUGUGGCUACCUGAACAUAGCAGAGUACCUGAUCAGCCAUGGUGCCAACGUGGCUGCUGUCAACAGCGAGGGGGAGGUCCCGUCCGACAUCGCUGAGGAGGCGGCCAUGAAGGACCUGCUUCUGGAGCAAGUCAAGAAACAAGGAGUAGACCUAGACCUGUCAAGGAAAGAAGAGGAGCAGCAAAUGCUCCAGGAUGCCCGGCAGUGGCUGAACAGUGGGAAAAUUGAGGAUAUAAAGCAGCCUCGGACAGGAGCCACAGCUCUUCAUGUUGCUGCAGCCAAGGGCUAUGCUGAAGUCAUGAGGCUCCUGAUCCAGGCUGGGUUUAAUUUGAACGUCCAGGACAAUGAUGGCUGGACUCCACUCCAUGCUGCUGCUCACUGGGGAGUGAAGGAAGCAUGUUCCAUCCUGGCUGAGGCUCUGUGUGACAUGGACGUCAGGAACAAGCUGGGCCAGACGCCCUUCGAUGUGGCUGAUGAGGGACUCGUGGAGCAUUUAGAAAUGCUGCAGAAGAAACAGACUGUGCURCGAAGUGAGAAGGAGACGAGAAAUAAGCUGAUUGAAGCUGACAUGAAUGGGAAGCCUCAAAACAGACUCUUCACCAACAAAGAGAAGAUUCUCUAUGAGGAAGACACAUUGAAGUCUGUGGAAACUGAGGAAGAGAACAAGGACUCGAGUAGUUCUAGUUCUGAGGAGGAAGAAGCUGAAGACGAAGUUUCAGAAUCAGAUGCUGAAAAGGAGUCAGAGAGAAAGGAAGAGCCCUUUGCCAACCACUCCAGCCGUGAAUCCAGGCCCAGCAUCACUGAGCAAAUGCCAGCACCUGAGCCCAACUCCUUCACUGCAUCUGCSAGAAGAUUCAGCUGGCUCAGCAAGUCAGACGAGCAGAAGGAUGAAUCACCUUCGUCGUGGCGGCUGGGGCUGAGGAAAACUGGCAGCCACAACAUGUUGAGUGAAGUCGCUGCCACUCGUGAGGCACAGAGGGAUAAAACUGCUUCUAUCUAUCGCUCCUCGUCCAGCCCUCGGAUAUCUGCAYUGUUGGACAACAAGGAAAAGGACAGAGACAACAAGAGCUAUCUUGCCACUAUAGUCCCCAGAAGACUGAGCAGUACGAGUGAUAUAGAAGAAAAAGAAAACAGAGAAUCUGCUGUGAACCUGGUGCGGAGCGGCUCCUACACCCGGCAGCCCUGGAGGGACGAGUCAAAGGGAAACGAAGCUCCCCACUCUGGGGCACCCACUACCUAUGUCUCUACCUACUUGAAAAGUGCUUCAUUUGGUAGAAGUAGUGACCUGAGCAGUCCCUACAUUUCAGCCAGUUGCAGUCCAUCAAUAGCUACCUCACCCACUGCCAUUGGCUCAUCUACCUCCCUGGGCACCCCGUGGCAACCUGUCUCUUGCUGUCCCACAUCUCUCGGUGCGAACACUYCUGCAUCAGCCCGCCACUACACCAGAGCCCCUUUCAGGCAACAAACUGAUUCUGCUGUAGAGAAAAACGCAGAGGGCAGCUGUGCCAGCACCCCUCUAAGUGUAAUCACAAACUGUGCUGUGCUCGGCGCGGCCAACAGCACCGCGAAUGCCGGGGCUGCCUCCGCCCCGGGGAAGGACCUCUCGGCUGAGGAGGCCAGGGAGCGCAGAAGGUCAUAUCUGACUCCAGUGCGGGAUGAGGAAGCAGAGUCACUGAGGAAGGCACGAUCCAGACAGGCCCGGCAGACUCGCAGGUCCACCCAGGGGGUGACCCUGACAGACCUGCAGGAGGCCGAGCGCACGUUCAGCCGCUCGCGGGCCGAGCGCCAGGCGCAGGAGCAGCAGAGCGACAGAGCCGCCGGCACUGAGGACAGCAGUGACAGGCCCGAGAGCCGCACACACUGGGGCAGGAGCGCCGAUGAGGAGGUGAUCCUUCUGCCUCUAUAGCCCUGGCCUGAGGGU